AUGCAGACAAAAGGAAAAGCGAUACCUCCAGACAAGAUGGGACCAGCUGCCGACGGAGCCUCGGGCGAUGAGUCCCUCCACGCCGACAUCGAGGAGGAGACGACGGCCGAGCCCGAGCAACUCCAUGAUCUACCCAAGGAAUCAUCCAGGGAAUACGCUCCCGGACAAGGUCACCGCACUUCCAAGGUCACUAGAUCAAGACUCGCUGUGGAGUUUUCUUAA